AUGGCUAGUCCCCCACUCCGCAGGAAGUCUUCGCGAUUGUCCAAUAUACCCAUUAAACGGAGAACCUCUGGAAUAGCUGACAGCUCUCCGGAAUCUUCUUCUUCUUCUGUCAAUAGUGUGUCCAAAAGAUUGCGGACUGAUCCCGAGUCAAAUGCUACUAUCCAAACUAUUAAUGGACUCGAAUCGUCUUCAGAUGUUAUCGUGGACGGUAACUCGUCAGCAUUAGCAAAUGAUCCGGUUGUCAGCACGUCGUUUGACGUUUCUAUGGACGAUGUAAAUAACGAACAAUUUUCCAAUAAUGAAGAGUCUGAACUGGAUUCUGAAGAUGAAAGCAAUAAUGUUGUCAUUCUCGACGAUAAAAAAUUAGUGAAAACAGAGGUUCUGCCUCCUUCUUCGACAACUGCCGCUGUGACUUCCUCGUCUACCACUACUGCUAUGGAGUCUGUGGAAUGGCAGAAAACUACUGAACGAGUUGUUAAAAGUGUUGUUUCUGUACAGUUUGCAAGUGUGUGCUCGUUUGAUACUGAAGGUGCUUUUGUCAGCGAGGCUACUGGUUUUGUAGUGGAUGCUGAGCAGGGUAUUAUUAUGACCAACCGUCAUGUGGUUGGAUCCGGCCCUUUUGUGGGCUACGCUGUUUUUGAUAACCAUGAGGAGUGUGAUGUUAAGCCUAUUUAUAGAGAUCCAGUUCAUGAUUUUGGAUUUCUCAAGUUCGACCCAAAAAGAAUCAAGCAUAUGAAAGUUCAAGCCUUGGAGCUGCGUCCUGACCUUGCCAGGGUCGGUUGUGAAAUUAGAGUUGUUGGUAAUGAUGCUGGUGAAAAGUUGAGUAUUCUUGCUGGUUUUAUUAGUAGACUGGAUAGAAAUGCUCCGGAUUACGGAGACUUGACAUACAAUGAUUUCAACACCGAGUAUAUCCAGGCUGCUGCAUCCACUUCAGGUGGAUCCAGUGGUUCACCAGUUGUAAAUAUCGAUGGAAAUGUGGUAGCUUUACAAGCUGGUGGUAGUACCAGUGCCUCGACUGAUUUCUUUUUGCCAUUGUAUAGAGGUAAGAGGGCUCUUGAGUGCAUUCGUGCUGGCCAACCUGUGACUAGAGGUACCAUUCAAGCUCAGUUUCUGCUGAAACCUUUCGAUGAGUGUCGAAGAUUGGGGCUCACUGAAGAGGCUGAAAAUCUCGCUCGUAAGAGUUUCCCAGAUGCUAUUGGUUUGCUGGUUGCUGAGACUAUUCUGCCUGAGGGUCCUUCAGAUGGUUUGAUUCGCGAAGGUGAUUGUCUUAUUUCAAUCAAUGGAGAACAGAUUAGUAGGUUUUCUCGAGUUGAUGCUAUUCUCGAUGAAUCCAUUGGCAAAGAAAUCUCAGUUACUGUUCAAAGAGGUGGUAAAAAUAUCACCUCGUCUAUUUUAGUUGGUGAUCUUCAUGCUAUUACUCCUGACAGGUUUGUCACAGUCAAUGGAUCUAUUUUCCACAAUAUCUCAUAUCAAAUUGCUAGAUUAUACUCUAUUCCUGUUCGUGGAGUUUAUGUUGCAGAUGCUGGUGGUUCAUUCGGCCCUGAACGUGGUGAUGCUACAGGCUGGAUUCUUGACGAACUGGACGACCAGCCAACACCCGAUCUCGAUGCUUUCAUUGAAGUGAUGAAAUCUAUUGCUGAUGGUAAGAGAGUGUCAGCUAGAUUCCGUCAUGUCACCGAUCUCCACACCAUUCGGUACUCAAUUGUAUAUAUAGACCGACACUGGCACAAGUCCAUGUCCCUUGCUGUUCGUAACGAUGUCACUGGAUUAUGGGAUUACGAAGAGCUUGGAAAGCCACUUCCCGCAGAGCCAGUUCUUCCUCAGAAGGCCAAGUUUGUGGAUCUUUAUUUAGAAAACGACCAAGUAUCAAAAUUAGUGCGAAGUUUUGUCAAGGUCGCAGCCCGUGUCGGUUCUAAGAUUGAAGGUUAUUACAGCAGUUCUAUGACCGAGUAUGGCCUCGUUAUUGAUGCUGAAAAGGGUUAUGUUCUUGUUACGAGAUACACUGUUCCUCAUGAUCUCCUCGAUAUUUACGUGACAGUUGCUGAAUCUGUUAUUGUCCCUGGUAAGGUGGUUUUCAUGCAUCCUCUUCAAAAUUACGCUAUUGUUCAAUAUGAUCCUUCACUUGUUGAUGCUCCUAUUGAGUCAGCUAAACUCAGCAGUACCCCUCUGAAACAGGGUACUCCAGUUGUGUUUGUCGGACACAACCACAACCUUCGAGUUGUUUCCACGAAAACUCGUGUCACCGAUAUCAGUACGGUCGUGAUUCCUCUUUCCCCAGAAGUAUCUCCCAGAUACCGAGGAACCAAUUUAGACUCAGUGGCUGUUGACACUCCUCUCAGUGGAGACUGUGGAUCAGGCGUGCUUGCUGAUGAGGAUGGUACUAUUCGAGCUCUGUGGAUGUCUUUCCUUGGCGACAGCACUGGAAACGGCCGGGACCGUCAAUACCGUCUUGCCCUGGAUAUAACUCUUAUGAGAAGUGUUAUCGACCAACUUCGUGCUGGUGAACGCCCCAACCCUCGAGUUCUUGAUGUCGAAGUCAAUGCUAUUCAAGUAGUGAAUUCGCGUAUUCGAGGUGUCGGUGAGGAGUGGAUUCGAAAGGUUGAAGAAAGCAACAACGAGCGUCACCAACUGUUCAAUGUUAUCCGAGUGGCACAAUCAGCUGCUGGUUCCCUUCGAGAAGGUGAUAUUCUUCUUGCUAUCAACGGAAAGCUCGUGACCCGAGUUCUCGAUCUCAAUGCUGCACAGGAUGCCGAUGAGGUAGAAGUCACCCUCGUAAGAAACCGAAAAGAGAUGACCGUCACUGUUCCCACAAUCGCUACUGACGACCUCGCGACCGACCGAGUGCUUUCUUGGUGCGGUAUUAAUCUUCACAAACCCCAUCACGCUGUUGUCCAGCAGUUGAAGAAGUCUCCAUCUGACGUGUACGUUGUAUACUCCGAGCCCGGAUCUCCUGCCAACCAAUACGGCAUCUCAUCAACCUACUUCAUCACCGACGUCAACGGCGAGCCGACCCCGAACCUCGACAGGUUCCUGGAAGUGGUGUCUAAAAUCCCCGACAACACCUACGUCAAGCUGCGCAUCGUGACCUUCGACAACCUACCAUGCGCCUGCUCCAUUAAAACCAACUACCACUACUUCCCCACAUCCGAACGUGUCCGCAACGCUGCCGGCAAAUGGGAAUCGUUCUCUUUCGAGGACGGUGUACGUAAAUUAAUUUAA